AUGAUUAUUAGUUUCAAUGGAUCUAAAUGGUUUGCAAAUGCUUCGUGUAUUAGUAAUCCAGCUCCGCCUGAUCCUCUGUGGCCAGCAAUCAGCCCAUUAUUUCCAAUUCAGAUGAAUCCUUGAAUAUACAAAGAAGUUUUUCAAUCAUGUUUCAGCAUUCCAAGAAUAGAGAUAUCAUUAGAAAUCAAUUUUUCUUCUUCUAAACAUUCUUCAUUGUAUACGAGACAAAAUAUUAUUUAUCAAGAGCGCAUGAAAUCAGACUUGUGAAGCAUUCUAUAUUUUAAAAUUCAUCUUGAAAAACAAUAA